CAUGAACCAGGAGAGCAGCUUCAGAGCCCCCCCCAAAAGACGCGUUCGGGGCCCCAACCCAAACAUAUCGACCCCCCACCAGCUGUUUGAUGACACAAGUGGAGGGCCUGUUCCUCAUGGAGGAGAGUAUCCAAACCAUUCAUCACCAGCUUUGGGCAUCCCAGCACAAGCCUUUUUGUCAGAACCCAUGUCCAACUUUGCUAUGGCCUAUGGCAGCAGCUUGGCCAGUCAGGGAAAGGAGAUGAUGGACAAGAAUAUCGACCGGAUUAUUCCAGUUAGCAAAAUCAAAUAUUAUUUUGCAGUCGACACAGUCUAUGUGGGUAAAAAGAUCGGGCUGCUUAUGUUUCCCUACAUGCACCAGGAUUGGGAAGUGAGAUACCAACAGGACACCCCAGUGGCCCCAAGAUUUGACAUUAAUGCUCCAGAUUUGUACAUUCCAGUCAUGGCUUUUAUCACAUAUAUUCUGGUGGCUGGCUUGGCACUGGGAACACAGAGCAGGUUCUCACCAGAGAUCCUGGGAAUGCAGGCCAGUUCAGCCCUUGCUUGGCUUAUUGUAGAGGUGCUUGCAAUCCUCCUCAGCCUUUACCUAGUGACUGUAAAUACAGAUCUUACCACAGUGGAUCUUGUAGCUUUUUCCGGAUAUAAAUAUGUGGGGAUGAUUUCAGGAGUUAUUUCUGGCCUUCUCUUUGGAAAAACUGGUUACUACGUAGUACUCUCCUGGUGCGGUAUCUCUGUAGUUUUUUUCAUGAUCCGCACCCUUCGUUUGAAGAUCCUCUCUGAGGCUGCAGCUGAAGGUGUUUUGGUUCGUGGAGCCAGAAACCAGCUGCGUAUGUACCUUACAAUGGCUAUUGCUGCUGUGCAGCCCAUCUUCAUGUACUGGCUGACCUACCACCUGGUGAGAUGAUGCCUUACCUGCCUGGAUCAAAAUGGCCUUUGUCACCCAGGUCCUGCUAUGAUGUUUAUGAUAAUAUAUGUUUUACAUUAAGAGCCACAGAUGCUGUACCAAUUGUAAACAAGAACAAGAUUCUUCUACACAAACAACACUGACUGGUACCACACAAAGGUUUUGCCAGACCACCAGCUGCAAGAUAUCAAAGUCCCAAUAUUAUUUCCCUCAAUUCAACAGCAUAUAAAAUGACUACAGUUAUUUCCUUUAAAGAACCUUUUCUCAUUUUUUUUUUGCUACUCUGGUGAUUAAAACAAGUAUCACCUGGAACUAUCAGAAUCCUCAAGGUUUAAAUAUGUGUUUUGUUUUCAUGCACUAAAAGAAAAAUAUCUCUAUUUAUUGUAGUAGUGGAGAAAACCAACAUAUUUAUCAUUUUGGAUAGAACUUUGAAAUGGACAGUCACACACAUGUACAUGUGAGACCAGUCUUUAUGGAGUAUGGGCCUACAUCAAACUUCCUUCCUUACCUUCAGGCAAGGAAGGAAGGGAAAUAUGUUCUAUUCAAAACCUAAAGGAUAUUUUCCAUGCUUCAUUAUUAAAGUAAGCAGUUUGUUUUUAACCAUUACAAUUGGAUGAUUUAUCUAAUUUCUUAGCAGACUUAUUGUAGGUCCUUAGCAUAUAAAAUUUGAAAUUCACCAUCACUGGUCAUUGAAUGUCCACUCACACAUCUGAAGCACCAGUUCUUAAACAUCACCCCACCUGCACAUAUCCAGUGCUGUUUUCCACAUCUAGUGUGCAGUUUGUUUCCCCUUCCUGCAUAUGGCUUGGAAUAGACCAUUCCCAUUAUGGUUACUCUUCUUUUUUUUGGAAUGUAUUAUGAAGUGUUUUCGGCUUAAUAUAGUGAGGCUGUGGAUGGGUAUCUUCACCUGAAUUUUCUAAUAUAUUUGGUUUUAUCAAAAACAAUGCUGAAAUACAAGUGUUAAUGCUAGAAUCCUGCAGUAUUUACCAGCAUACAAUACAAAGAGACUGCAUCAAAAAGGAAUUAAAUUAACCUCUUAUGAUGUUUGUGUUAAUGGGUGAAAUUCCAAUAUUUUGGCCUUAAUAUUUUUGUUUUCAAAAAUUCUUGUAAUGUAGGUUUAGAUAUGCAUGACAUUUUACAUUUUGUGUUAAGAUAUUCUGUAUCAUGCCUCCGCUUUAAAUUAAAACAUUUUGUCUUGAUAA